AUGGCGAUAUGGCCUUUCGGUCGGAAGAACAAGCGCCACACCAUCCAGGUGAGCGCCGACGAAGCCGACGUCCUCCAGGCAUCACUGGAGCAAGAACCUCCUGCGCCUGCCCCCGAGCCCACGUUGGCCCGCAAGCCAUCCCGCCGCCAAUCCAACCGUCAAGGAAAUCGUCUGUCGCGUAAUGGCGAUGGCACAGAAAGCCUUCGGGGCUCUGCUCGACUGUCCUCGCAUCGCCCUAUCUCAUCCCUGGACCAGCGCACCUCGGAGCCCGAGAACGAUCGCGGCGCGCCGCAGCGACCACUCUCCCGUACCGGAUCAUUGCUGAAGAAACUGAACCAACCCCCGACGCCGCAGAAUGGACCGAAUAAGCUACGAAAGAGCAAGCGCAAGACCGACGAGGUGAUGCGGGAACGUGAGAUCAAGAUGUUGUCUUCCACGCCCAUCGACAUCCCUCGUCGGUCUAGUGCCCAGGCGGGGGACUAUGUGCUCGAACGACGCCGCCGCAGAGCUAACGGACAGCGCGCCGAACGCUACCAGUCCGACAUCAGUCUCUCCGUUCGUGAUUCCGCUGCAUCCUCCCUCUCUGAUGCCUCCGAUCCCUACACCUACAAGGUCAACGCUUUCGCCGCGCUGACUCCCCGGCCCAUUGUACGAUACGUUGAAGCGCCGCGACCGACCACUGUGAGAAGCAAUACCGAACCGGUUGGUGCUGCCCGACAGGACAAGAAUAAAAUACAGGCCAUGACUACGUCGCAAGAGGAUCUCUAUUAUUCCCGGCGACGAGUCAACGAGUUGGCCGAUUCGUUGGAUGCAAGCACCCUCCGAGAAUUGCUUGACCGAGAUCGCCGUCGUCGUGAGAAGAAGCAGAUCGACGACCAGGAAAAGCUACGUCGCAAGUUGCAGGAACGGGCGGAUGCACAACAAGCAGAGGAGGAGCAAGAACGGCAACGAGAGCUACAAAAAGCGCAAGCAGAGUCCAAGGCGGAAGUAACUCAGCAACGCCAACCUGAAGCUGAGGUCCCCACCGCAGCAGUGCCCGAAGAUACAUAUCACCACGACCAUGUCGUGGAGACCAUCCCGGAAGAAACUACAGCGGCGGUUACUGCUGAAGAAACCGGAUCUUGGUUGCGCGGUGAAUCCAAGGGCAGCGAUGCUCUGGCCGGCCGCGAGUCUCAACGGAACUCGCUGGAGAGUGCCCGCGUGAUUGGCAACAUCGAUGAUAGCUCGAUUCGCGAGCCCAAGCUGGCGACACGUUCCAGCUUUGCUCAUUCGCAUGAGAUGGGCAUGUCCCGCACCACCCUCUCGCCCUCCCACUCCUCUCUUCGCCACGGCCUCAGCAGCAGCCAGUCGCAGACCUAUGGCGUUGGCUCCACCUCGGAUAUCUCCGAUCGACGGCCAUCUGACACCAGCGGCCACCGUAGCGGAGGGAAUACCAUCACCUCCUUGUUCCGCCGUGGCUCCUCUCGUCUCAAACGCCGCUACCGUGAGCGUUUCGCCGAGUCCAGCCCGGAGGUGUCCAAUGCAUCCCACGAGUCGUUCUUCAAGCCUACUGGAAUUGUGAAACGGUCACAGUCCAAGUUCACCGAGCAUUUUGGUGAUGAGCCCCUCUCGCCCCCCGACUCCCGCCUGCAGUCUCCAGAUAUUCCCGAGCAAGUGCCCGAGUCCUCUAUGGAGAACGAAGAGAACACAUUCUUGCACGGCCCUUCGCCUACACCCGGCAUGGACAUUAUCAACCCGCAUAAACGUCGCCACCAAUCCUGGAACGAGAGCUUUGAUGUCGAGUCCGACAAUGUGCCCUUGUCGCAGUCUUUGGCCUCGAUUGACUCGGAAGGCUCUUGGAUGUCUGGCCAAUUCUUCAAGCGGAUGUCCCAGAAGCCUGGCAGCCCUGUGCGAAAUCAAAUGAGCACAGUCGGCUUUGCCAUGACUGACGGACCGUCCGAUACCCAUGACGAUGCCCGUGACUCUGUUGAUUCCCGUGGCGCCAUGAGCAAUAUUAUGGGCGAGCCCGAACUGGAGACCGAUGCGACUGGAGCGGAUUCUGGCAAACCCUCCGAGAUGUGGCACCAUGAAGUUGGUCGGAGGCCCAUGAUUGUCAACCCGGUCAAUCGCCCCAAAUCCAACCAGGGCAUGCUCAAGAGCAUCCCAUCAUUAUCGCCCAUUUCGGCAGAAGAUGGCCACAGCUCUGAAGAGGAGCAGGAGCCCACUCGUCCUGUUGAUGUGCGCCGGAUCGCCAGCAUGCAUGGUGAAAUCGGCCACAUCGAGCAGGAACAAGAGUAA